CUGUUUUAUUUUUAAUUUUUUUUUUAAUUCUACGAAAUAGCAAAACUUUACCAAGUACACAUAUCAAAAUCAAAUAUUGAAAACGCGUACGUAGAGCUCCAGAUGCCAGUAGCAGCCAUGGAAAUGGCGAAGAUGGCACUGAAUCUAUCAGUGAUGGUAAUGCUGAUCGCUGCAGCUGAGUCGGCCACAGUUUACACCAACCACACGGUGGGUGGCCCCGACGGCUGGUUCUUCAAUGCAACCACCAACACUUCCGCCACUAAUUACACAGCUUGGGCUGUCUCGGAAACCUUCAAUCUCGGUGACUUUCUCGUGUUCAACACCAAUUCAAACCAGAGCGUGGUCCAGACUUACAAUGAGAGCUUAUUCCAGAGCUGCAACACGGACGACGCGACGGACGACGACUACUUUCUCUACAACGGCGGCGUCACUAAUUUCAGCCAGGCGUUGACUAUCAGCUUCCCGUUGACUAUUCAGGGCCCCCAAUACUACUUCUCCGAUGCCGGUGACGACGGCGUACAGUGCUCCAAAGGCAUGGCAUUUGCGAUCUCCGUGAAUCGCGGCCUCGGACUGCCUCCCAGCCUCAACCAGCCCCCACCACCGCCAUAUAUAGAGCCUCCUCCAGACCCCGACUCGGCUCAGUCUCCGCCCGUGACGGUCAACGGUUCAUCGGAUUCGCCGGGAAAUGAUGCAUUGGCUUUUGGAACGAACGUGCGUGUGGUUCUGUGUGCCCUUCUCUUUGCUGUUGGGGCGCUGAUCUCCUGUUAGUGACUACUCCCUAGUUAGUGUGAAACAGUGAAAGGGAUAAAAAUGGUAUUUUGGAAUUCAGAAGAGGUUAUAUUGGUAAUUAACUCACUAGCGAUGUACAACUGUCCGCGAUAUAGAGAUCAAUAAGGGCGUGUUUGGACGUAGGUUUAAGGGCAAUUCAAGGGCUGGCUACAUUUUUUUUGUGCUUACUACUUUUAUUUGGGUGAGAGUGGAUUACCAAACACAGACAGUGAGAAAGGGUUGAGCUUUAUAUGCCGUGCUUUGUUUCUUAUUGAAGAUCAUACAAUGUAUUGAUUUUAACGUUAAUUUAUAUAUAUAGUUCUUGUGAUGCAA